AUGUACGUCUGCUGCGGUUCCGCUAAUGGCAUAGAAAUCAGAAAAGUUCAAUACAAAGAUGCUAAGCUUACUGUUGAUGACCCAGUUAAGCUUGUCCCAAAUUGCCACAAUUUUUCAUUUUCACCAGAUUAUAAAUACGUUUGCUUAUACACAAAAAGUGGCGUACAUUCGAAAGAAUUCCCAGAUAAGUUUGUAAAUGUAUACCGCUUUGACAUUAAUAAAGGAUCUAUCGAAUUGAUGCACGAACAUCCAGUUCCAAACAUUCUUUCAGUUAAAUUCAGCCCAAGGAGUACAUAUAUCUGCAUUAUGAGUCGAAGAACAGCAAAUACAGAUCAAGAAAAGAUCCCUCUCGUUCUAAUUAUCAAAACCGAAACAGGUGAAGUCGUAAACUCUUUCAAUUACAACGCUCAGAAGGUUCCUGUCAUCUUCUGGUCCGAUGAUGAAAAAGUUCUUGCUACUUCUCAUACAAAUGGUAUCAGAUUUACAGAAACUCAAGCUGACGGCACAUCUGCCACAAAAGAAUGCGAGUUAGAGAAGCUUUAUGCAUGUGCAUUUACCUCUACUCGCAAAGGACUUCGUUUUGCCGCAGUUUACGGAGAAAAUCCAAAGAAAAUGAAGAUUUUGGAGUAUCCAAACUUCGAAAAUCAUAUUGCUUAUCGCCCAAUCAUGAUUGGCGAAACCUUUACAAUCAAGAUCAGUCCAAAUGGCUCAUCAGCAGUUGCCAUUGGUCUCAAGAACGAAUCUGACUCUACUUUCUACGGUGAAAGCUACGCAUUCUACCUCAACGACCAAAACCGUCAAGAUCUCAACCAAAAGAAAUCAGGACCAAUCCAUACAGUCGAAUAUUCUCCAAAUGGAGAUAAAUUUGUUCUUAUUUCUGGCCAUGUUCCUCCAGCUGUCCAAGUAUUCUACGAGAAAUUACAUACCAACGGCGAUAUCGGCGAAUUCUCCCUGAACAACGUCAGAUAUUCCUCAAAUCCAAACAUCGCGGUCAUUGGUGGUUUUGGCUCCUUCACCGGCACCAUCAUGUUCUAUGAUUUAGCCUCACGCGAGAAGAUCAGCGAAGGAGAAGCCCCAUACACCUCAGAGUGGAGUUGGUCUCCAUGUGGUCGAUUAGUUCUUUCCGCCGUUUUGUACCCGAAGAUGAUGGUCGACAACGAGUUCAGGAUCAUCAACCACAUGUCUCAGAUCAUCUUCAGGCAGAAGGGAACAGAGCUCACCCAGGCAGAGUGGGUCGGAGUCGAAAAGGCUCUUCCUUUGCCAAACAUAAAAGCUCCUGUAAUCGCUAAGCCACAGGCCGCUGCUUACAUCCCUCCUCACCUUAGAAAUAAGGCACCUGGAACAACAACUGCCGGUGUUCCGAAGUAUCCACCUGGUUUCGCGCCAAAGAAUGGUGAAUCUUCAAUUAAGAAAUCAAAGAGAUAA